AUGUCUCGUCGCUCGCAUUCCGCUUCUCCCGGACCUCGCGAUGCAAAACGCCCUCGAUUAGACUAUCUCACUCCAGAUGAUUAUAGAAACGGCGUCAUGCUUGCUCCAAUGGUUCGUUCUGGCGCUCUCCCCACUCGUCUUUUCGCGCUCAAACACGGUGCCAAGCUUGUAUGGGGGCCGGAAAUCGUAGACAAGGCUAUUCUCCAUGCAGAGCGUGUGGUAGAUCCCGUCAGCGGGGUCAUCUCGUACAACGGCAAAUCGAGAGCUAUGUUCACCACGCAUCCAGUCGAAAAGCCAUAUUUAGUUUAUCAGAUAGGCUCUUCAGAUCCCGCACUCGCCGUUCAAGCAGCAAAAACUGUCAUGCAAGACGUUUCCGGCAUCGAUCUGAACUGUGGAUGCCCGAAGCCAUUUUCGACUCAUUCAGGGAUGGGCGCCGCCCUUCUCUCCACCCCCGACCUCCUCUGCUCUAUCCUCACCGCCCUUCGUGCUGAACUCCCCGCACAUAUAUCUAUUUCCGCCAAAAUUCGCUUGCUUCCGACUCAGGAGGACACUCUCAAGCUGGUCGAAAAGAUCAUCAAUACAGGUGUGAAUUGCCUAACUGUCCACUGUCGAACGCGCAGUAUGCGGCAAACCGAGCGUGCGCGCGUCGAACGACUGAAGGAGAUCGUUGACUUUGUCAAGAGCUCGGGCAAGGAUGUUGCGGUGAUCGAGAAUGGUGAUUGUGAGGGAUAUCAUGAUGCAAGGCGGAUACGUGCUUUGACAGGCGCCGAUUCUGUCAUGAUUGCAACAGCCGCAGAGUCGAACCCCAGUGUGUUCUCUCCGACACCAUUAGUCGACUUGGAGUCAACAUUGGUACCUUCUUACAUCCGCUUGUGCAAGUACCUUGAUAAUUAUUGGGCCAGCACCAAGUUUUCUGUCGCCCAGUUCAAAGGUAGCCGUGUCAAAAUCUCGAAGUCAGAAGGCAAGGCUAUGCGGGAUCAGGUAGUCAAGUCAAAAGAUUAUACCGGUCUCGAUGAGAUUAUUGGUUUUUGGAAUGGAGAGGCGGAGUUUCAACAAAUAUCGAAAGCCAUUGAGGAAAGGGCACACAAUCCGCCGACGAUACUUCCUGCGGAACUGGAGAUCCCACCAGAUGCAGGAGUAGAUGCAGGGGUAGACACACCUCCGCCUUCGUUUAGCAAUACACCCCAGGAUCCCAGCGCGUUUACCACACCUCCUGAAUGGCGCGGAAAUCCUGAUCCCGCAGCAGUUGUUGGUGCGCCAGUAGUCUCUUCGAAUCCGAGGAGGGCACCGGUACCGGCGUUGGUAUCUGGUCACGACGAGACAACGCCCACACCUAUGCCUAAGCAAGGUGUGGAAACAUCGUUGCAUGCGAUGUGACGUAUACACGAUCUGUAACCUUUAGUAACUUAUCGAUUUAGUCCCUCUUUUACGUUAAUUCAUUUCUGCCUAUGCAUAGCGCAGCAUAUCGCUGCCAGUGCAUAGAGUGUGGUUAUAUGCAUUCCAAACUGAACAGUC